UGGGCUGAUAUUUUCUGCUGGAGGCUUGGCAUAUACAAAUAGCUUUACUUUGACAUUGUUUUUGAUAUAUUAUGUGAAAAGUAUGUACCUAGUCUGCGAUCAAAGUGGAACAUGUUGUUGCCCUCUAUUUACUGUGACUGCUGCAGAUGUAUCUGGUAACUCUUUAACAAUAUCGGCAAACAUGACAGAGCCAGGAACUCCAUCGCCAGCAUGUAUUCCACCAGAACCAAAGGCUUUACCACCAGGUGCGUUAAUUCCAAAUGCUACAGCAAACUUUACGACGUCUACACUGGAAUUGACUACAGCUGUCUAUUCUACAGAUGCAACAACAGCGGUUCCGUAUUCAUCAAAGUCAAGUACUGAAACAGACUAUGCUACAUCACAUUUUACCACUGUUUUCAAUCUUUCGGAUGCCAUCACAACGGUUCAGCUGACUUCCACCUCAAGUGCUACAGAGGAACAUACUAGACUGUAUCCAUUUACAGUUAUCUAUUCUACGAAUGCAGCCACACCGGAUAUUGGAAUUACAGAUGUAGAAGAAAUAACCACGACAACUAAAAACAUUCACCCGACCGAGACAACUAAAGGACCAAACGAAGAUAAUUUACCAGGUGGCAUCAUUGCAGCAAUAGUUGUCGUUAGUUUGCUGGUUAUUGGGAUCGGCGUGUUUAUCUGGAAGAAACAUUCUAAUCGUUUUACUUCGAAGGUGGAGAAUAGUCAAGAAUUAGAUAACUUUGAAAUCUAGCAUUGAAGAGUUAACCAUGAAAACACUUUCCUGACAUGUUUCUUUUAUGAUUAAUAAUUACAUAUUUUGAUAAUGGAUAACAUGGAAAAAUCAAUAAUAAAAUGGAUGCUUUUAAAAUAGUAAAAUUAUUGCACCUUUAAGUUUGCUUAAUCAAAUAUAUCACCAUGCUUACUUUGAAUUCGUACUAAGAUGUUCUUUGUACAUUUUUUAUUGACGUGUUUAGUAAUCUUUCAAUAAUGAGUCCAACAAAUACGCAGAUUUUAUCCUUUUCAUUAACUUAAGAUUGUAUAUUAAUAUAUAAUCCAGUUAUACUGAAUUUUUUAAAAUUACUGAAAAUUGUAAGUCAAUAUUGAAAAUGAAAUGAAUGUCUAAUAAUCGGAUGUGCCGCUGUUUGAUGAUUAUGCUAUAAUAAACAUCGGCACAUAAUUAUCUUCAA